CGAAAUUCAAGCACAUCAAGCAGCAAUGGCGGCGCCCUUGCAAGGCACGGGUGUCAUCGGAUCAGACCAAACAAGGCAAACUAUACCCAAAUUAACCCCCAAGGAUGUUGAAAGUUUUAGUUUUAUUAUGGAUCACGUUAUCGGGAACCGCAGAGAGAGGAGAGCACAGGUUAUACCGCUUGGAGGAAUACCCCAAUUUCCGAAAACCAGAGAGGAGAUGCUUGUAACGGGCUUCUUCGAAAGUUGUGUUUGUAAAUCAGCAUUGAGUUGCGUAGCAGGAUUUGGACUAGGUGGUUUAUUUGGAUUGUUCACGGCUGGAGUGGAUCCAAUGUCCACCAUGUCCACUGAGACUCCCACCACCAGAAUGGUCCUAAAAGAAAUGAGGGCAAGAUUCUGGUCUUAUGGAAAGAACUUCGCUAUUGUUGGAGCUAUGUUUGCUGGGACUGAAUGUUGUUUAGAAUCGUAUCGAGGAAAAUCUGAGCUUGGGAAUGGUACAAUAACAGGAUUCCUUGUGGGAGGUGUUCUAGGACUUAGGGCGGGGUUGAAGGCGGGAGUGUUCGGAGCGAUGGGAUUUGCGGCUUUCUCCACGGCCAUUGACUAUUAUCUUCGUCACUAACAUCAAAUCAUUUGUAAAUAGUCUGUAAAUAAAUUAUGUAUGUUA